AUGUUGGCAGGGGAAGGAUUGGAGCUGGUCAUCGAGCAGCCGGUGGAGGUGCACGACCUGGAGGUGGAGGUGCUGGACAUCAACGACAACGCGCCCCACUUCCCCAGCCCGGAGGCCCGCCUGGAGCUCAGCGAGUCGGCCCUGCCUGGCGCCCGCUUCCCCGUCGAGGGCGCGCAGGACCCGGACGUGGGCACCAACGCGGUGCAGACCUACCAGCUCAGCCCCAACCGGCACUUCGCCCUGGACCGGCGCGGCUUCGAGCGCGGCAGCAAAGUCCUCGAGCUGGUCCUGCUUCAGCCCCUCGACCGCGAGCAGAGCCCGCUCCAGCGGCUGGUCCUCACCGCCCUCGACGGCGGCCAGCCGCCCAAGUCGGCCACGGCUCACAUCUCCGUGCGGGUCUUGGACACCAACGACAACCCCCCGCAGUUCGACCGCCCCACUUACACCGCCAGGCUCCUGGAGAACGCGGCCCCGGGCACGCUGGUGGUCACCCUCAAUGCCUCGGACCCGGACGAGGGACCCAACGGCCAGGUGCGCUAUGCCUUCAGCAGCUACACCCCGCAGGGAGUGCGCCGCCUCUUCACCGUCGACCCGGCAUCCGGAGAGGUGAGGGUUAACGGCACCUUGGACUAUGAGGAAGCCUCCUCCUAUGAGAUCUACCUGCAAGCCACAGACCGGGGCUCUGUCCCCAUGGCUGGACACUGCAAAAUGCUGGUGGAGGUGGUGGAUGCCAACGACAAUGCCCCCGAGGUGGUGCUGACUGCCUUGUACAGCCCUGUGCCUGAGGAUGCCCCUCCGGACACCGUGGUGGCCUUAAUGAGCGUCACUGACCAGGACUCUGGCCAAAAUGGGCAGGUCACUCUCAGCUCUCCUGCCCACCUGCCUUUCAAACUCAACUCCUUCAAAAAUUCUUACACCCUGGUCACCGCGGGCCACCUGGACCGGGAAAGGGCCCCCGCCUACAACAUCACCAUCACGGCCACCGACGCUGGGGCCCCUCCCCUGACUUCCCACAGAACUAUCCAGGUGGACAUCUCCGAUGUCAACGACAACCCUCCCCGCUUCGAAGAGCGGGCUUACUCUGUUUACAUCCCUGAAAACAACACCCCUGGGGUCCCCCUUUGCACCACCAAGGCCGUUGACCCGGAUGCUGAGGAAAAUGCUUCUGUUUCCUACUCUCUGCUGAAUGGAGAGAUCGAAGGGCUGCCCGUCGCCUCCUACGUCUCCAUUCAGUCUGACACGGGCAGCCUUUAUGCUGUCAGAUCCUUCGACUAUGAAAGGUUGAGGGAGUUCCAGGUCGUGGUGAAGGCCCAGGAUUCUGGGGUGCCGCCUCUCAGCAGCACGGCCCCUGUUCAUAUCUAUGUGGUGGAUCAGAUGAUCCCUCGCUCAGCCAGUGCAGGGUACUUGGUCACAAAAGUCAUAGCCCUUGAUGCAGAUUCAGGGCAGAACGCUUGGCUGUUCUUCCGCCUUGCCCAGGCCUCGGCUCCAGACCUCUUUCGAGUGGAUGUCCACAGUGGGGAGAUCAGGACGACUCGUAAGCUGGAGGAGGACAGCAUGGCCACCAUCAACAUGACCGUGGAGGUCAGAGACAAUGGAGAGCCCCCACUGACUUCCUCCGUGUCUAUCAUUGUUGCUGUGGCGGACAGAGUUUCCAGAACCAUUCCUGACACCAGGAGGCAUAUCAAGGAUUCCAGACAUUACUCAGAAAUCACGAUCUAUCUCAUUGUCGCUUUGAGUUCCGUCUCUCUCAUAUUUCUCCUGACAGUGGUGGUCCUCCUGGUGAUCAAGUGCUAUGGAUACAGCAUGCGGGGCCGCUCCUGCUGUGGGGGACUCUGUGGGACCCGCCGAGAAAGGUGUCCUGUGGAAACGUACAAGCAGGCAAACAACAACCUGGAUGCUCGACUGCCCCAUGGCUUGAAAGUGCAGCCCCAUUUCAUUGAAGUGCGGGGCAACGGCUCCCUCUCCAAGACUUACUGCUACAAAGCCUGCCUGACAGCGGGCUCAGGCAGUGACACCUUCAUGUUCUACAAUACUGGGGGCCCCACAGGGCUUGCUUCCCAGGCCGUGCUGACAGACAGGCAUCUGACUGGGCAGAGUGGGCAGAGCUCUCAGAACUUGAUCAUACUGAAAAGCGAGCCCAUGACUCCAAAUGAGCCAAAACCACCCAAUCCUGAUUGGCGUUAUUCUGCGUCCUUAAGAGCGGGAAUGCAAGGCCCUGGGCACAUGGAGGAGGCAGGAGGCUUACGAGGACCAGGACCAGGAGGACCAGAGCAGCAAUGGCCAACAGUAUCCAGCGCAACAACAGAACCCGAGGCUGGUGAGGUGUCCCCCCCAGUGGGAGCUGGAGUGAACAGCAACAGCUGGACCUUUAAAUACGGGCCUGGCAACCCCAAGCCGCCGGGUCCCGGUGAGUUGCCAGACAAAUUCAUUAUCCCAGGAUCUCCUGCCAUCAUCUCCAUCCGUCAGGAUCCACCAAACAGCCAAACUGACAAAAGUGACUUCAUAACCUUUGGCAAGAAGGAGGAGACCAAGAAAAAGAAGAAAAAGAAGAAGGGCAACAAGGCUCAGGAGAAAAAAGAAAAGGGCCACAGCACCACUGACAACAGUGACCAGUAG